AUGUCUACACAUAGAUUCUUCCAAGACAACGAUCCAAAACACACAGCAAAAAGUGUCAAAGCCUGCAUUCAAAGGGAGGGGAUCAACUGGGUACCGACACCGGCAGAGUCGCCGGAUCUGAACCCCAUUGAGUUAACACUGUAUGAAGUGAAUGGCACUGUGUCUGUGGAUGAAAGUAUGAUCAAGUUCAGAGGGCGUCUCUCAUUCAGCCAGUACCUCCCCAUGAAGCCGACCAAGUGGGGUAUCAUGGUGUGGGUCAUGGCGGAGAGCUCCACAGGAUAUGUGACCAACGUCCAGGUGUAUUGCGGCCGUGAAGGGAAAUACAAGAAGGGCCUUGCACACCGUGUGGUCAUGGAUCUAGCCAGACCCUAUUAUGGCUCUUACCUGUCCAUUUACAUUGACAAUUUUUACACUGGGGUAGAGCUGCUGGAGGAUAUGAAGAGCCAUGGUGUCAAUCUGCUCGAUCAAAUGGACGAUGGGUUCCAGCGUUGA